UCGGAUCCUUUCUGGUAGCGAUAUGUCAAAAUGGCCGAUCUGAAUAAGGAGCUGAACGAGUAUCUUCUCAGCAGUAAACAUGAAAAGCAAUAUAAGAUCACUGUUCCAUCGGUAGCGAUAUCGAGAGCGAAUUUUGGAAAAUGGUUCGGAAAAAAUACUGACGAGGCGGAGGAGGACGCAGGAUGGGUUCAACGAUCGCAGAGAGAAUGUUGUCCUGCUAUGACGAGGACACAAAGACUCAUAUCCUUCGCCGUGUGUUUUCUUCUGGGAUUGUUAUGCUUCUGUCUAUCAGCGAUUUAUAUUCCUGUUUUAUUACUUAAAGCAAGAAAGUUUGCUUUACUUUAUUCCUUAGGGAGUCUCUUCUUUCUAAUGAGCUUUUGUUUUUUGUGGGGAUCAAGUUAUAUGAAAUCAUUAUUCCUAGCUGAGAAGAGGUACUUUACCGUGUCGUACUUUGCAACGUUAACAGGCACACUCUAUUUUGCAUUGCAUUUGCAAUCGACACCUUUGACAGUAUUAUGUGCUAUCUUGCAGUUGAUAGCUACGUUGUCCUUUUUAAUAAGUCAUAUACCAGGUGGUACAACCGGUCUCAUGUUCUUUACUAGAAUGUUUAGAUCGUCUGUGAAAUCAAGUUUACCUGUAUGAGAUAAGAUUACUAUGCUUAGGAUAUAUUUUAAUGUUUUAUAAUAAAAACACUAUCCUAUCUCUUGCAAAGCAUCUCUUUUAAAGCAUCGCGUGUCAAAGGUUUAUAUUGAGAGAAAUACGGGUAUUAUAAACGAAUUAUCAUUCAUCUGAUAUCUAAUUGUUACCGUUAUUAAAAUUAAUACACAGAAGACUGAUUUGAAUUCGUUUUGAUACAUACAAUAUAUAAUUUAUAGGCUAAUCUGAUAUCACAUGCAAUUGUAAAAAUAUAGUAAAUAUUACUGUU